AUGACGGUAGAUGAUCAUGAUGUCACCGGUUUCCAAAGCUUGAUGAGCUCGUUGAACUUAAACAUUGAUCAAUUCAAAAAUUACGAUCCAGCUAGUUUCCCUGCUUACACAUUCAAACAGCUACUGAACUUCAAAUCGGAGAUAGAAUUUCAAUUGAAAGUACUCUUCAAUUUGCUUGAACAAAAAUAUGGGGCUAACAUGGAGACUCCGCUCGUCACGUCCGAUGGGUUCCCCAGAAGCGAUAUUGACGUUGUAACAAUAAGACUACUUCGUGUUCAGAUAAUAAGAUUAAAAAAUGAUUACAAGGAGGUGCUUAGAGUGAUUGAUUUGAAAUUGGAAGAAGAGUUUAGAAAACGACAAUUGGAAGGAGGAGAAGGAGGAGGAGAAGGAGAAGGAGAAGGAGAAGGAGAAGGAGAAGGAGAAAAAGCAAGCUCGGGGGUUGCUCAAGAGCAAAAGCCUGAGAUUCCGUUUGCCCAAGUGAGAGAAGUUAUAGCUAAUGGGCCUGCUGAAUCUGCAGGAUUAAAAGAAGGCGAUUGUAUUGUUUUAUUUGAUAGAGACAUUCAUGCAUUGAAUCAUGGUAAAUUAUCCAAUUUGGUUGAAAGAGUUAAACAGAAAGUCAAUCAGAAUUUGGAAAUAAAAAUACAAAGACGCGAACAAGUCAAAGUAUUGAGUUUGAAACCAACAAGUCAAUGGGGAGGCCAGGGUUUGCUAGGUUGCAGAAUAGUUCCUAUCUAG